AUGGCGCCUUACCACAAUAUAACCACAGCCGAAUUGUCACAAUUUCUCGAUGACGUGGCCAAAAAUGUCUCACAUGACGAGGAUACAGACUUCAAAAAGUUACUCUUGUACCUUUUCGGCUUCACAAAUGUUAAACUACUAGAGCUUACGACAAACCCACUACCUGAGAAUGUGGCUCUAACAGCGAGGCUCUUCGACUGUAUUGAUAUGGUACUUACUAGCAAGAAACACUUGCUCAAUACUCUGGUAACAUCAGACGAGUUGAAGGCAGUUCUUGACGGUUCUACCGUGGUGGCUAUUCUACCAACAUCCACGUCAUCUCCAUCGACGAUGAUUUACGAGUGGAGCGUCCAUUUUGCGUGUUCAUGGCUUCCAAAGUUCCCGGAGAGCUUGGAAAUCACCAACCUCGUGAAAAGCUUCUUGAUGGCGCUUGUAAAUAACAUCACCGUUCAUCUCCAUGCAUUUCGUUAUAAGAAGCAUCUUCGAACCAUUCUCGUGGACUUGGUGGAGGCCAACGUGGCCAAAUUGUUCGAGUACAUGCCUCUCAUAAGUCUGAAGGACGAUUUUGCUACAGUAUAUGCUCCGCUACUAGCGAGUGGCGUACAUCUUUUCACGGUGGUGAACGAUUAUGACAUCACUCAUAAACUUGCCCUUCAUGACGUGGGGACGGCACUUCGUUUUGAUGCAAUCGCUAGAAAAUUGGAGUUCAUCUUCUCCUCUACACAUUUGGAUACCUUGCUCACCGAUGCAGCCGAUCCAAAGCUGAAAUUGGUCGAUAACUUGAGAAGUGUGCUUUUGCUCAACAUGACUUACAAUUUACUACUAGAUUCCAACACGAAAUGGUCACAGAUCGACUUGUUGUUGCGUUGGAUACAUGCCCACUUCGAAUCUUUCAAAGCAUCCCCAAGACGGUCGUUGAUGAAGAGCUACAAUAGGGCCACUUGCUCAUGCAUUAUGAAGAUAUAUACUAUGUGUCGAGAUAAGAGCCUUUUGGCCAACUUCUACAAUUCCUUUCAAAUGCAUGGGUUCCUGGUGGGCCAACCGCUGGACGCCAAUGACCCGCCUGGGUCUGUGUAUCCUCCGUCCAUCCUUAAAGUUUUGAAUGUGCUUCAUUUUCAGUUGUCUAUACUUAUCAACCCAGAUGAAGCGCAAGCAGCUGCAGAGAAAUACUCGUUGGCAUCAGCAGCAUUUGCCGAUAAGGAGCACAAUUGGUUACGUGAGCUGAUCUUGAACCAACUGCCAGGGACAGUUACAAACACUUUGAAGUUUAUUGUUCUGUCAAAAUUCCUGUUUCAACAAUAUCGCUCCCAAAAGAGGCUGGAAAAGAAAGAUAUCUCCGAAAUAUCCCAAUGGCUUGACUAUGUCAUGGACGUGAUUUACCGAGACGGGAAAUCUCCGGGUACAAGAGUAUUUGAAAGUCGCAUGACGUUCUACACUUUCAUCACAGCAUUGCAAUACGUACCUUGCAUUAUCAACGAAGACUUUGAUUUUGAAUCAGGUACUUGUACAAAGUGUGAUAAGCAUGCGGCCAAAAACAUAUAUUUGGAGGUUUCCGCCAAACGUAAGCAAAUCAAUGAGCAGUUUGAGGCCAACGUUCUUUAUACGGAAAUUGUUUGUGGAUUCAUCUUACGUCAGAAGAUGAAAGAAUUGAACGAAGAUCCAUUGCUUGCCUCCAAUUUCCUUCUCAUGUUAUGCAAUUUGUUCCUGACUUUUCGUCCAAGCAAAACCGAGAAUGACCCAUGUCUACAAUUUGUUCUCCAGUGCUUGAGUGGAAGCAAAAAUCGAGAUGUCCGCAUAUUGGCCAGUCGGGUGUUACCAUUGUUUAUCAUCCGUGAUUUUGAUGAGACACUGGAAGUUAUUUUCAGACACAUUUUCCAGUCUGUCUCAAUAAUCAACUAUAGAGGUGAAAAUGGUCGCAUUUACUUGGCCGAGUCUUCUCUUUUGGCGCUCAGUGAGUUGGCAGUGGUAAGUGAGGGAGAGUGGCUUUGCGUUAUCUUCUUUAAAUUGAUCGAUGCAUUUGGUGAAUCCAACGAGCAACAUGUUAAUCUCGCUCAUAAUUGCGUUCUUUAUGUUGCCGCUGCCAAGUCAGUUACUCCGUACAAACUUUUAUCUCCUUUUCUUCCCAGUAUGGCUGAAAGAAUCAUCAGAAAUCCUAGAAUGUUUUCUAGGUUGACCGAGCUUUUGCGUAUAUCUAAGAAGUACUUUUUGAACAACACAAGAGAUUACACAACUCCUAGGUUGUUGGAAUACUAUCAACAUGAUUUCAUUCAGGAAAUUGCUGAUGCUUCCAACAUGGACAAAGCGAAGUUAAUGGCCAAGACAUUACCUCGUAUCAUGGCGACAUACCUUUGCAAGGAUGAAAGAAUCGAUAUGGGCUAUAUAAUGAACGUGCUAAGGAAUGCUAGUCCUAGCUACCAAAAUGUCACCAUCACUGAAUUGAUAGAUGUUGGUGAAGUUCUAUGGUACAUUCUUCUUCAAAUGCAAUUUGAUGAGAAAGGAAGGCUUUUGAACGAGAAGAGAAUAUUUGCUGCCAUCAUCUACGUGGCUAAAGUUCACUGGGCUAAUAGAGCGAAGUAUCAAGGCACUGUUGAGGGUCGUCCAGACAAAGAUUCUUUUGAUUAUGUCAAAUAUGUCUUGGGAGAUCAUGUUUUAGAGUUGGUUCGAAGAUUCUCUGAAAACGUGCACCACGUUAAAGGCAUCAAACCCUACUUAGAGAAAGUGGGAUCCUUAAAAGCCAUGCAGUUCUUGAUCAGCAGAGAUAUCGAUGCAGCAUCUUCAGCCUUGGGUCAGAUUUCCACAUGUUUGCAAGCAUCUUUGGAGAAUAAAUCAUUAGAGAUUCCAGCCAUUGAAUGCUGGAAUGUGCUUGUUCAGAAUCUCAAGACUCGUCAUUUGGUUUCAUUGUUUGAUAUUUCGAUAUCUUUGAUCUUUCAAAAGUUUGCAAGCUUUCAACACAAGUCCAAAUUGAUAGCAACGGAAAUCCUCAACAAGCUCUUUCUAGAAUUGAGAGAUUACAACAAAUACGCACUCUACUACUUUUCGGUUCCCUUUAUUAAGGACCUCGAUAAGUACUUCUUUUUGGAACCUUCUGUUAUCAACUCUAUGAGACCGAAGUCCAAAUUGAGCUACUUUCCUGAAUUUGCAAGAAGACUCCAGACUAAUAACAAAUAUGUCGUUCAUCAAGCACUUGAUGACCUUCUCAAUUUCACAAACAAGUACCAGGAAAGUUGUCAACGCGAAGAGUUUCGGGAUACAGCAAAUGAGGAGUGCUUAUCUGUUCUCAUGAGGAAUUUACUUGAUAUUUCGGUUCAAUUUAAGACAAAAACUCCUGCAAUUUCAACAAAAUGUGCCAAAGCAAUUGCAAGUAUUGGGGCUUUGGACUCUAAUCGUUUCAAUUUCAAGACGAUCAAGUCCCAAAUAAUCAUUCUCCACGAUUUCCACGAUUACAACGAGAAUUCAGAAUUCUUGUGCAAUUUCAUUAAAGAGAAAGUUAUCAAGAAUUUUUGGGCUUCCAAUGAUCCGUUUAAGCAAUUGUUCUCCGCCUACUCCAUGCAAGAGUUUCUAAAGGUAAUGGGUUUGAAAGAAUCUAUUUUGGGUCCCGAGAGCCAGGGUUAUCUAAGCAAAGUGUGGAACUCCUUCUCUGACAUUGAUAAAUCUACUUUAACACCACUUCUCACUUCCAAGUACAUGGCACCUAAUCCUCGAUAUGAGCCUAUUGAGUAUCCAAUUUACAGACUAGGAAUGAGAUACGAUAAGUGGUUGGUUGAUUUUACAGUGAAUUUGGUGAGACGGCCAUUCCCUCAUCCUCCCCGAAAAAGUGACCCCGGAUACAAGCGUACCGUGAUCUUUGAGACAUGUUCUAUGUUAAUCAGAGAUGAGGAGAUCUCAAUUUCACAACAUAUACUCAAGUAUGUUGCGUUGAGUCACAUAGUUAACGGAGAUGAGAAGGCGAAAGCAGAUAUUCUCAAUGAAUUCUUAUCCAUUCUCAAUACUAGUGGGUCACUUGCUUCGUCAUCAGAAAGAAUCGAGAAUCUCAAAUUGUGCUUCCAGGCCGUUUUCGAGGUGAUCGACUACUUUAACGAGUGGGUCUCAGCAGCCACCCAAAAGCUCAGUGACACACAUCUAUCAAAGACCGAUUUGAGCUACCUCAAAAGAAACAAAUCAUACGUCCAAGCUUUCCUUAAGGAGAUCCCAAUGGAGUUGAUUGCCGUGACAUCUUCAGAAUGUGACAGCUAUGAGAGAACCAUUCUUUAUUUGGAGAAGUGUUAUCGGGAUGGAAAAGUUGAAAAGAAUAAUAAAUUGGAUAACCUAAGUAUUGUGUCCACUUUGCAAUCAGUUUAUUCGAAUAUUGAUGACUUCGAUGCCUUGGACGGAGUUCUAAAGAAGUUUUCGACCUCCAACUUGGCAGAGAAGCUUGACACAUUCCAAUACAAUGAGAACUGGUCAAUCGCCCAAGAAUCUUUCCAAGUAUUGAGCAAAAUCGGAGGAGAUAGCGAAAGAGUCGAAUACAAUACUAAACUUCUCAAGUCCUUGGCAGAUCACGCCCUCUAUGACAAAGUGCUUUCAACUUUAGAAUCAAAGUACAACAAUGGAACCAUCUCUCAGAUGCCAAUAGCAUGGGCUACUGUUGGUUUACGGGCCGCAAUAGCAUCCGGGGAGAGCGAACAAAUCAGAAAGUGGCAAAUGAUUUCUGGAUCUGUGGGACGUGCUCAAGAUGUAGAAAGUGUGGUGAAUUCCAAGUUCUCAGAAGCAUUACUUUCAAUAGAUGGCAACCAACAUAACUUUGAUGAUUAUGUGGAGCAAAUCUAUGAGCUCAUCGGUCAAUCUUUAUCGCUGUCGAUGUCAUCAUCAUUUUCUCGAAAUUCCAACUUAAUGACUCUGUUGCAUGUGGUUUUCGAUACCUCAUUAAUUGCAUCUGCACUCGGAGAAGUUGACCCAAAUCUGCAGACCGAAUUGGAGCUGGUACUCAAGGAAAGAUUGGCUAAUACAGAUCUCUCUUUUGAUAACCAAUGGAGGAUUCUAUCCGUUCAUAGAGUGGCCAAUACCCUCACAAAGAAUAAUGCAAAGAUUUCUGAAAUCUUAUUGAAGGGUUCCGAAAUUGCUAGAAGAAGCGACAGAUUUGAUAUCGCUACCAAGAGUAUCAUGAACGCAAUGGUUCUCAACGAUCAACUGGCAAAUGUGGAAUACGCUCAUUUGCUUUGGGAUGAAGGAAAGCAAACUGAGGCCAUUAAAACAUUGUCGGAGAAUUUGCCCAAGAGGGCAUCUUCUAAUGUUCGAAAAGGAGCCACAACACAGCUUCAGUAUGCUUUAUGGUUAGACGAAUCCAGUCAUAGUUCCUCGGCAACUAUUAUUGCAGAGUACACUAAGGCCUUCAAAUUUGACCCUACCUGGGAGAAACCAUACUUUGAAUUGGGAAAGUACUACAGCAAGGUGAUGGAGUCACGAAACGACACUAGUGGAACUUAUGAACAGGAGAUCGUGAGAUUCUACUUGAAAGCUUUGGGACUCGGGCCAACCUAUAUUUUUGAAGCACUUCCGAAGUUUAUUACAGUCUGGCUCGACUUUGCACAAAGGCCAAACAAAAGUAGGGAUGCAGAGCGAAGACUUAACCAAAUUGUUCAGGAUAUCCAGUCUUACAGACUGUCCAUUCCAGUCUACGUGUGGUACACCUCCAUCACCCAAUUGUUGUCGAGAAUUACACACAAGCACCCACCUAGCGCUGAAAUGAUGCUGCAGAUCAUAGAGUUGUUGGUACGGACAUACCCUAAGCACAGUUUGUGGUAUGUCUUGUCUCACUUGAAGUCGAAGGAUCUUAAUCGCAGAGAGAAAGUAACAAAAAUAUUGCACAAUGUGCAAUCAGACCGUGCUCUUUCAGCAAGCAUAAUCAAUGCGAAAGAGUUAUUUGAGAUUCUUGAGAAGCUUGCUUCUCACAAGAUCAAGAAAUUGGUCAACAAACGAUGGUUCUUAAAUACAGAUUUUGGAAUCGAGGAUUUGACCAAAAGAUACGAUUCAUUGGUGAUUCCAGUAAAAUCCAACCUUGAGAUUCGCUUGCCUGCUGGACGUCACACCAAUAAAGCGAAUUUGGCAUUUCCAAAGUCGGCCUCUAUAACCUUUGACGGGUUCAACGCUGAAGUGAAUGUUUUUCAUUCCUUGCAAAAGCCUAAGCAGAUAACAAUCAGGGGCACGGACAUUAGACCCUAUAGAUUAAUGGUCAAGAGAGACGACACACGGAAAGAUGCAAAGGUGUUCGAAUUCACAAACAUGAUCAAUAGACUCUUAUCAGCCAAUGCCGAUGCCAGAAAGAGAAAUCUUGUUAUCGAGAAUUAUUCUGUCAUUCCCUUGGCUGAAGAUAUGGGAGUCAUAGAAUUUGUACAAGAUGUUGCAACUAUGAAAUCAGUGAUUCAUCAUCAGCAAGUGAAGACAGGACACGUUAUUAACGAGAGGAAGCUCUUCGAAAAAUUGGCUGACUGCCAAAAGGGAGUCAAAGCGCUGAAAGACCCGGAGUCCCUCAAUACCCUUGUGGAUUUCUUUGAGAAAUUAUGUGAGCAAACUCCACCAGUCCUCCAUCAAUGGUUUAUAGAUCAAUUUUCCGAUCCAGCCGUGUGGUACUUGGCCAGAAAAGGAUACACCACAACCGCUGCUGUUAUGUCUAUCGUUGGAUAUGUUGUUGGAUUAGGAGAUCGUCAUUGUGAGAAUAUUUUGUUUUUCAAGAAGAAUGGAAAAGCCUUACACAUUGACUUCGAUUGUUUGUUCGACAAAGGUGCCACUUUGCCCACCCCUGAGAUUGUUCCCUUCCGGCUUACGCAAAACAUGGUUGAUGCAAUGGGUAUCACAGGCAUAGAAGGUACAUUCCGUAUAACAUGUGAGGUGACAGCGCAACUUGUGCGAGAGAACGAAGCAUCGUUGAUGAAUAUUUUGGAGACCUUGAUUUACGAUCCUUUGCUUGAUUGGAAAACUCAGGAUAAUCCACAAGACCACUUGAGAAAAGUGAGGAGGAAGAUCCGUGGUCUACUUGACGAAAAGGAAGGGUUGCCUAUGAAUGUUCAUGGGCAAGUGGAUGUGUUGAUCCAGGAGGCUAUUUCCACUGAAAAUUUAAGCCAGAUGUACGGAGGAUGGGCUCCGUACGUGUAA